AUGUCUGACAUGGAGAAAACUCUGCCACAAUUGUUAAGCAUGUUGAGACAGGCUGAACAGAAUUUGAAGUCAAAAGGGAAGUCGAAUCAUGUCCUGAUGAUCGGCAAAGGAAAUCACAAAAGGGGCAACAAAGUGAAGGGCAACAAAGGGAAGGGCAAAGAAGUUGUCAAACCCAAAUCUGCCCCUCAAGCUUUGAAGCCUACUGGUGGCAUUGCAAAGGAGGGUAAGUGCUUCCAUUGUAACAAAACUGGACAUUGGAAGAGGAACUGCCCAAAGUACCUAGAAGAUAAGAAGAAUGGAAUAGAGAGUUCCAAUUCAGCAGGGGCUGCAAAGGAGUAG